AUGACAAGUUCGACGACGAGCAAUAGUACCAGGAGUUCAACCGCAUGCACCACCAAUGCCAUCCCUACGUCUCUGCUGCUGAGACUCUUUUUAUCCUUCUUCAUUCUCUUCAUCUUGUCCUUCACAAACACUCCUCUAUCCUCAACAACAAAAACAACUCAACCUAUCAUUCUGGUCCAUGCAGCACCUAUCAUUACCUACUUAGACUAUGCCUAUGACACCUAUCUUCUCUUUAACUCGGCUCUCGAAAAUACAACGAAUGCCACUUCGUGCGGAUAUCCCAGUUCAAAUCCGUGUUUUACCAUCCAACAACAAAUGCAAGCCAUCGAUGCGCAAAUACCCUCCACGCAAAAUGUCUUGUACAACCUUCAAUUGACCAUUCAUGUGAUGAGUGAUAUUUCAUCCGAGUUUUGCAAUUACAUGUUCACAAAUCCGAACAUAUCCAAGUUUGCUAGUUUUGAUUUCACAUGGAUUUCCUCGAAACCUAACCAAUCGCAUGUGGUGUUGGAUUGUCAGGGGAGCGAAUUUUUUAGUUUUUCCAAAGCUCCUGCCAUAUUGAAUAUCACGAAUCGAUUUAGUUCGUUCGAUGUGAGGAAUACAAUUUUCAAGGAAAAGAUGAUGAUUUCGUCCAUGAAUUAUUGCAAUUUUACUGGCUCCUCGAUAUACAAGUUAAAUGAAAAUAGUGACACGAGAAUUCAAAAUUCAAUUUUUUUCAAUACCUACUGGUCGAUGUCGAACGUGGCAGCAGCAUUAAUAUUUCGAUGGUGUAACUUUGUGAAUGGCAGUAUGAUUAUGGGAGAUGUUAUUUCAAAAACCCUCACAGUGGGAGAAUCUUAUUUUGAGAAUGUGGAUUUGAUUUUAAGGUUUUCAAAUAUGAAUUUUUUAAAUGUCAAAUUUAAUGAUAAUUUGGUAAUUUUUAGCCAAUUUCAAAGCUUGUUAAUGCAACAAAUUAAUAUUGUCACAACAAAACAAACACUGAUAACGUUCGGAGACUCGAUGGUCAUUCGAAACUCCAUCUUUGAACGAAGCAAUUUAGAUCUAAAAAUUGUUUCUGUACGAAGUGUUAAAAUAGAGAAUUCGACUUUUUCAAAUAAUUAUCAAACAGAUCUAACCAAUAAGGCGCUGUUGCAGCUCACUGGCUUGUAUACUCUUUCUGUCACCAAUUCAAGUUUUGUCAACAAUAGAGACCUCCCAAUGAUGUCCAUCUAUCAAGGCUCCAUUGUGAAUGUUCAAAAUUCAAUUUUUCAAUUUAACACUGGAGGAGCAAUUCAAAUUGAAAACAUGGUUGGAUAUUUCAAAUUCUCUUCAGUUUCAUUUAAUAAUUGCAUAUUUACUGGAAAUGUGGGACAACAUGGAGGUGCUGUUGCAAUUGGUAGAACUAUUGGAAAUCUCAUCAUUUCAAAUUGCCAGUUCACAAAGAAUUAUGCAAUGGAUGGAGGAGCACUCUAUUUACAACAAGAAAAUGUCACUAUUUCAAAUUGUCAAUUUUCAGGAAAUUCGGCAUCCCAAAAUGGAGGAUCCAUCUUUGUGAAAGAUACUUCAUCAUUUUCUCUUCAAAGUUCUACUCUCCAAAAUAACAUGGCCAAGCGAGGAGGUGCCUUAUACUUGUCUUCUCUCACUUCCAAUUACAUAGUGAACUCAAUUUGCACCAAUAAUAUGGCCUCUUAUUCAGGUGGAUGUCUUUUCACAGAAAACCCAAUGAAUCCUUCAUUGUUGCAAUCGGUUUCCAACUCGUUGACAGGACUAAAUUCAGCUGUUUCAUAUGGAAACAAUAUUGCCACAAGUAUUGAUGCAAGUCAAUUCCAAUUUUCAGUCAAGUAUCAGAAUCAACAAGAUCCAUCGAUCACUACCAUCACAGACAUGCCAUCUUCUCUCACCUUAUAUCCAGGACAGCCCGUAGAUAUUACUUUGAAAAUGAAGGACAAGAAUAAUCAAGAAAUCAAGUCAAUUGAACAACCUAUUACAGUGUCGAGUGUUGGCAACAAUAUUUCUGUCCUCAUUGAUUCCCUCUCAAGCGAUUAUUUAACCAUCCGGGGAUUGUAUCUUUCUGUGUAUUCCAGCAAUGACCUUCUCACGAAUACGACAUUGAAUUUGACAGUGAACAGCAACAUGUUCUUUUCCAUACCAGUCCAAAUCAUGACAUGCAAUCCAGAGGAUUCUCUUCAACCGAUGAGCUCGAGUGGAAAUGCAAUGAUUUGUUCUAAAAAUCCUCCUGGAUUUCCGUAUUUCAUUGUGAUUCCUGUGGUCUUGAUUGGAGGAGUGAUUCUCUUUAUUGUUGGAAUUAUCUUUGGAAUUGCUGUCUUGUAUGGUGUCUAUGUGAUUGUGAAAAAACUGAAAAAGCUCGAAAAGAAAGAAAAGGCAGAAAUGAAGUUGGAAAAGACUUUAAUUGACAAGAAAUUUAUUUUCACAGGUUCCACCACAACUCCUCCUCUGAAUGCACAUGCUUCGGGUCGAACGACGAAAUCCGUUAUGAGUAGUAUCACUCGACCAUCUAUUCACUAUCAAGAAAAGCACAUUAUACCCAUUGAAAAUUUAGAUGUUGUUAAAAAGAUCGGAGAAGGAUCGAAUGGAAUGGUCUAUCUUGCUAAUUGGAAUGGAACUGAAGUUGCUGUGAAGAGUCUCAAAUUAGAUUACUCUGAAUUGCAUGGAGAAAGUGAAGAAUUCGAACGAGAAGCAUCCCUAUUGAGCUCAUUGAGACAUCCAAAUAUUGUGAAUUUCUACGGAUUUGGAUAA